CCCUUUUCAUUAUUCGCCAUUUGUAGUAUGGUGUGUCGAUUACAAAAGUCACUCACACUGAAAUGACUGAAUAACUGGACAGAUGAUGGCAGAGGAUACAGCCACUAUAAUUCCAGACCCAUCCUCGGUGAUUUCAGCUUUACAAAUCCUUACAACAGCAAAACCAGGCAACGAUGGGAGAAAUCCUGGCUCAAAUGCAGUUUUCAAAUUAGAUGAAAUUCUGUUAGCCAACACAAGAAAGCUUGAAACUGCAUUGAAAUCAGAUACCAAAUAUGAGAAGUUAUAUAGCAGAUGGACGUCUGAUACAGUUGUUGUUAUACCUACAGAAUGCUCUUCAAGAUGGAGAUUUGUUUUGCACUGUUUAAAAACUCUUCACCUUCUUCAAGCGUCUUUACAAGAAAGCCAGGAGAAUUUCAUUAAAACAAUUGUGACGGGGGCGAAAGAAACAAAGCCUCAUGAAAUGACACCCGACACGCUGAGUUUCAACGAGCAAAAAGUUGUCAAGGGUGCGUUACAGUUCGUAAUAUGUUUGGGCAUUUGUCCAAAUUUACACAAAGGCGUGGGUUUACCUUUAGAGUUAAGGUCGGGAUUCAGUGCUCUCGUAAAUAUGGUCGAGGACAAGGGAAACAUGUCCGAGCAUGAGAAAAAUGUUCAGUUGUUUUGUUGUGUAAAAGUUUUGAUGUCAUGUGUGAAAUGUCCGGCACUUGGCACACUGAUCCUUACUCAACACCUUGUCGAUAUUCUAGCUGCCUUGUUUCAGCUUACACAUAUAGGGAAUCAACAAAAACGUAAUGAGUUACAAAAGACAGUGAAGACUGACACAGCUGUUAAUGUAGAUUGUAUGAAACGUGAAAUAUCUAAGGAGUCGGAAGAAAAUUUAGUAGAAGAACAUUCAUUGCAUGAUAUGAGUCCAGCAAAAAUGGUCGAUUUUGUAAGGUCAAGGUUUGAAGAAAACACCGUCACUGAUGUACAUGAAAUGAAAAGGAAAGUCAAUGAAAAGUCUGGACUGCUUAAUGAAAGCCAUGAUGAUAAACGUACAUCAGAGGGAUCUGAAGCCAAGUUUAAUCAGAUUAAUUAUAAGUAUUGUGAAAAGUGUCUCGAAGAUUUGCUUGGGAAGAUAUACCCACCUUUAUUAGUAAAGACACUUUUGCUACUACAAGGGGGACCUAAAACCAAGGUACGAACCUGUCAGAAUGCACCCGUAUUACAGCAGGCACCUCCGUGGUUAAGACAGGAAUGUGGCAGAAGACUGACAGCUGUUAUUAUAAUGCCUAAAGGUGUACAAAGUGUUCUUAGGGGAAUGUUAGAUUCUCCAGGGAUGGCAAAAGGCAUGUCAGAAGCUGAUGAUUGGAGGAAAUGUGAUGCUGUUGCCAAGGUGAUUGCUUGUUGUCCACUUCAGUCAGUUUCUGUAGAUGAAUAUUACAAGAAAACGGCCCCUCAGAUACUGGAAUUACUACAUAUAAAGGACAAACAAGUAAACAGACAAUUUCUGAGAGUUGCUUGCACCACUAUAUCAACCAUGGCAACACAACAACCCUCUCUCACAAAGAAAUAUUUGAUAGAACCAAUGUUGAAGCCUCUUUUGAAAUGCUUAGACACAGAAGGAAUUGAUGUUACAAUGGCAACCAGUGAUUAUACUGUGGUAGAGGAGUCACAGCUUACACAGUGUUUGGAAGAUUGCCAUAAGGUUUUUGUCUGUGGAAAUGUUGGUAAUCCACAAUUAGUUAUGUACAUACAGCCAGUGGUUCUCACAUUGUUCACAUUAUACGUUUUCAUGAAGCCUGGAGUAUCUGCUUUAAAGACAGCUUGUCAGGAAUUGAUAGUUGCCUUCUUUAAACAAGCAGACUUAACUGUAACAUUGACAUGUUUGCAGUUAAUGGCUUUCCAGCAAGCAGAAUGUCAGAAUGAGGCUGAGAUUCCCAGAUUGCAUCCCUGCCUGAAAUUUGCUAAUGGAAAUAAUGGUGGAAUUAUGGUUCAAACAAAUUUUAAUGAAAAUCAAAGUGAAAGUACCCAAGAAGUGAAUGUAGAAUGUAUAGUUGCACUGUUGAAAGAUUUACAGAAUACAAGUAUUCCUGGAGAGUUUCUUGUUUUCAUGCUGAAGGAGUUGACACAGUUCAUUAAGAUUGAAGUGGAUGGGGAUGAAAUUGAAGAUCAAGCUUCUACUCAAUCUGAUGAUAAUCAAGCACUUAUUGACAUUGAGCAGAGGAACCAGUCCAAAAUAGACCAGUUUCACAGGAAGUUGACAUUACUGAAUAUCCUGGCAGCAGUCUGUGAAACUGUUGGACCAGAAUGUAUCAAAAAUGCUAAACAUACAUUAGAAUUUGUAAAGGCUACAUUGGAACGAGGUGUUCAGGUUUGUAAAAAUACUGAAGAUAAUGAGUUUGAGGUAUUUGAGAAUGAAACACUGACAAUGGCUAUGGGUCUUCUUACAGCUCUGCUGACUGGGGCUUUCCAGCUAACAGAUGAAGACAGGCAAAAUAUGCAGGAGUUACUUCCCUUGCUACAGGAGAUAAGUUCAGAUCACCCAGAAUCAUCAGUACAAGAAAUGGCAACAGACAUUAGAAUUGCCAUAGCAACCCAUGGUGCAGUUUGGUCUGAACUAAGUAAAGAGAAAAGCCAGAAUUUUGAAGACAUAGCUAAAAAGAUAAAGCAAGAAAAGGAAAAAGUCAAACCUCCAGCAAGGAAAACUACCAAGAAGAUUGAAGUUUUAUCUGAGCAACAGUUCCCUAAACAGAGAGUAGAAAAAGUAGAAAAAAAUGUUGAUGAAACAGGAAAAUCUACUGGUGAAAGAGAAAUGCAGAAAAAUGAAAACAGUAAGGUUAGUCAAACACAUUCUAGGGAGAUUACUCAGAAAUGUAGUGAAGAUACUCCUGUAGAUAUUAAAAAAGAGUUGCAGGAUGUGAAAACUAUUUAUGUAAAAACAUCAAAUGAAGUGAAACAAAUUGGUCAGGAAGCUGAUGUUGAAAAAGUGAGUUCAGAACUUGACCUGGCAUUUAAGGAGUUAUGUGAUACAUUGAUACCUGUCAGAGGGCAUGGUCUUAUCAGACUUACACAUCUGGUACAGAAACGAGACCCGGAAGUGAAGAAGAGACGGGACGCAGUGUUGAAAAUAUUUGUAGAGAAUUUAGAUCACGGGGAUUCUUAUUUAUACCUGUCCGCAGUCAAUGGUUUAGCAGCAAUGUGUGACAUGUAUCCAGAUUUAGUAGUGCCCGACGUGUGUAAACAGUUUGCGGAUUUUGAUAGGUUGAAAGGCGAGCAUGGCAAGAAAAGGUCGGCAGAGUUGAGGAUGAAACUUGGUGAAGUAAUGGUGAAGGCAUCCAGAUGUCUAGGAGACACUAUAGCAGGGUACCGUGACUUGCUGGUUCCUAGCGUACUAACUGGUGUAAGGGACGAGGAAGCUUUUGUUCGAGCAAGUAGUCUCUCAAACCUUGGUGAAAUUUGCAAACUUCUCAAGUUUUCACUCGGAAACAUCAUACAUGAGGUAUUUGAGUGUUGUAGCAGUACCCUGAAACAUGACAAUGAUGUUGAAGUUAGAAAAGCAGCAGCCCAAGCUUUGACCUUACUUAUACAGGGGUCAGGUCCACAAAUAUUCAAGAUUCUUGACAGUGUUCUCAAGGACCUGUACCGACUGUUGAAGCACGUGAUGCAGAAUGAGAAAGAAGAUGGCGUAAAGUUGCACGUGCAUCUUGCUCUAAAUGAACUAGAUGACCUCACGAAAGAACAAUUGUUUCCUAAACAAAAACUCGAAAAGAGAAUAAAGGUGCUAGACUUUGAUUGAUAUAAUAUUAUGAUGAACUUUUAAUAUAAAUGAUAUGAGA